AUGCAAGAAAUCAACGAACUCUCUUUCCGACGAUUGAAACUUGUACAUGAUUUCGUUAAUUGUCAACAAACACUCGCACAAAAACUGAAUUUAGCUGCUGGAGAUUAUUGUAAGGCGAAAUCUAUUCAUGGAUUCACACUCUCAUCAGUCGUACAACCUCAUGAAGAAAUGGAAUUGAUCCCUAGCGUCAGAAUUUUAGUUGACAAAAAGACUUUCCGUUUGAAGCAGGAGGAAGACAGCGACUCAUCACAGGUGAAAAAGCGAAACAAGUCAAAGAAAAAAACAGAAGAAGAAAGCGAAGAGAAGAAAUCAGAAUCAGAAAAGGAAACUAAGGAGAAGAAGGUUGGUCAGUAUCGUCCUUUCGGUAUACUGGAACCGACACCUGCCAAAAGCGCUCGAAAAGAAAUGAGUGAAGUAAUGACAACUGUUUGUGAAUUGGCAUCCAUCAGAGCUGAAAUCAAAGAGGUCGAUAAUGCUAUGGAAAAGUUAAUGGAUAGCUUUAAGAAGGACAAAGAAUUAUCUGCUUUAUUAUCAUCGAUGAAAGUCUCCAAUUAG